ACCAUAGAUUAUACACUUAAUAUAUUACGGUACCGUACGCAAUUUUUGCUGUUCAGAAAACUUAAAAACAAAUCUCAUAACUGAAUCAGAUAAUUGAAGAAAAUAGAACAAAAAAAUGCAUAGUAGUUAGGCAGCAGAAAGACAAAGUAUUUAAAGUAAAAGUAUUAUAAUCUGUUAAAAUUUUAAGGCCCUAUGCUUCGAUCAAUAAUAGUACGCCCUAUGUCUAGAAAUUAUCUGAUGUCAAAGUUUUUUGUUUACUAAAUCAUUAAUACACAGCAAAUUCUAAAGUAGAUCUUGAGAUUAAUUUUGAAAAGUCAUAAUGGCUUUCGUUUACCAAGGAGAUGCCGAAUUAGAAACUAAAGCAAAGAAGGCUGCUGAAAGAAUAUCUGAGAAUAUGCACAUCGUAGCCAACGAACCUUCACUAGCACUGUACAGAUUACAAGAACAUGUAAGGAAGGCCUUGCCUCCUAUGGUGGAAAGAAGAGUUGAGGUCACAAAACUACAAUAUGAAUUGCAAGGGAGGUGUUAUGAUGUUGAAUAUGCAUUAAGUGCUGUAAAAUCUAUGGAUGGUGCUGCAACAAGCUUUAAAAACAUACAAGAAAUGUUAAAACAGUGCAUAUUUUUAAAGCAGCAACUAAAAUAUGAAGAAAGUAGGAGAAAUAAAAAAGAUUCCAAUUCUGUGUACAAACGUCUAUCUGCUCAUAUAGUUUUAGAUCUCCCAGACCUGUCCGAGUUCUCCAUGGUACGUGAGACCACUAACCGAAUCGAGAACAUGAUGGCUCAUGCUAGGGGCUCAUCAGCCGAACUCCACAGAUCACAUACAACUUUACAUUGAAUUGUAACUGUAUGGUUGUUGUGUUCAAUUAAUAUGGAAUUUGUGUUCAUGGUUACAUAUAAGAGAGGCACUAGAGUAAACAUGAAUAUUAUGCUUAUUUAUUGAUCUCAGUAAUGUAUACAAAAAAACUAUUGAUACCUAUGCUGUAACAUAGGUCUAAGGACAAUAUCUUUUGUUUGUUUAAAGUCAUGUUUGAGCCAAAAUAAUAGAGAUCUCUCUAAGCAAAAUUGGAAAUGAUCAUUGCUUCCCUAAGCUGUUUUGAUUUAAAGUUGAAAAUGGCUUAUCAAAUUUGAUUACUCCCUAGAGGUAUAAUUUUACUAAAAACAUCAGAAUAAAUACAUUGAUGGAUGAGUACUGAUUGGAUCUUUCAGUGCUGAUGAUUAAUGCGGGCCUCUUCUAGUUGUAGUCAGUCAUGCAUGAUAUUGGGAUUAUGAAAUUUUUUUAGGAAAUGUUGUAUUAUAAUGUAUGUUAUCUAACAAAAUUGAGGGUGCAUUAUGAAUGAUUACUUGCAAGUAUUUUUGAUCUUUACUAUUUCUUGCAUUUAUCUAAAUCAUCCUAUUACUUAGGUUUUGGCAAUCAAAUAAUUUAACUUUUUAGUUUUAUUAUUAAUCUUAUACACAUUGGUAGACUGCACCUGAAAGAAACAACUCACUGUAUUUAAAAGUUACACCAUGUCAUUAAUAACAUGGUAAGAUUUUAGAGUCAAUUUUGCAAUCACCAAAUAGAGUAUAUUAUAACCAGUCAUAGUCUUACUAUUUACGAAGUUUUAUGAAAAUGAUUUGGUGAUUAUGAAAUUAUCAACAUUGAGAGUAUCCUAGUCAAUUAAUGUCCAAUCUUUGUGUUCCGUUACAUUGGUAUUAUACAAGCAAGCAUUUUUUUUAAAUCUUUUGAAAUGUAUCAUGGUACCCCUCAUUCACUAUGUUAGAAAUUUAUCUAGUACCUCGACCAUUUGCCCUUAGCACACUUCCUCCGCGAAAUGAAUCGCAAAUCCACUCCACGUUCCGCUCAUCGGACUUGACUAUAUUUACUACAUUACAUCGCAAAUCGAGCAAGAGCACAUUACUGUCAAAGUUUGAAAACAAUGUGCUGAGUGCGAGUUUUUUGACGUGACAACGUCUUAUAAUUCGAUGGAGCCGGCUGCACGCACAAAAAAACAUGACUCAUGCGGCGUUACCUCGCUCUGAGGCGAUGUGAGCGAUGCAUCCGCAUGGACAGCUGCUAUACAAUAAUACAUUUACAUGUUUUCGUCCAGUAUGAAGUUCAGUGAAAAGUGAAUGUGGUGUCAAUUGUUUAUAGCAACGAUAAUUGCGAUAAUUGAAAAAUGAAACCAUUCCAUCAGUAUUUUCUUGUGACGUUGUCAUGUUCAAUUAUCGUCAGUAAACCGACUUUACAGACAACCGAUUUUUUAACUUCUCGUAGGGGCGCUGUUCCAUACAAAUUUGAGUUAACUAUUACGCAAUCGAGAAGUUAAAAAACUCGCACUAAGCACACCGGUGGUUAUUUUUGGUUUAUUUUCGUUUCGCGGCGGAAGGGCUUACACUUAACACGUUAAACUGAACUAUAGGAUGCUGUUUAAGCGGCACUUUUUGUACGUUUUUUUUUUGCUUAAGCACGCAAGAAAAAAGUUCUUAAUGCAUCGUUGGAGGAAAGGUUUCUCAUUAUUCACAAUUUCAUAGCAUAUCAGUCAAUUUCAGUAAUUGGUUUGGAUCAAUUUCAAAUGCAUUGCUAAGAAAAAAUUUAAAUGUAGGUAGGGUAAAACACCCAGUAGUCAGCCUUUUAGUGGGAUUCUUAACUUGAUUCACCUGUAUUUUUAAAAAUAAAAGACUUUAAACGAAAAAAAAAAUUUUUUACAGAAA